AGAUAGGAAUGAGAUGACAAUAAUACUGUGCCAGCACUGCUUGCCUUGCCUGAAAGUGUUAAAAGUCACAGAUGCCGUGCCAAAAAGGAGUGGGUGCGGAGCAGCCCUAUUCAAUCUCCAUUCCUGAAGUGCCAUACUUUUUCUUUUGAAGUGUACUUGGAAUGAGCAGGACCUUUGUUCUCUUGCAACAGUCUGUCACUUUGAGGAAAAGGCUUUUGUUCCAAGGGGCUGGGGCACUUGAUGCUCUUAAUCUUACCCAGACUUUGGACUGGUUGCUCAGGUUUAUUUUUAAACCAGAGAUUAAUGACACUAACCUGAGGUAUUUCACCAUCUCAAGGUAUUCUUACUGCCUCCUUCCAGCUGCAGCAAGUAAGAGGGAUGAGACAGAGCUGAGUGAAAAUGGUUGACAAAGACAGUAAGGAGAUCUCUGUUGAGAUGAGUGAGAAAGAAGGUUUCGAGAACAAUGGGUUCGUUCAGAGUGAGGAGGUGGAGGAAAUGGAGGCUGAUGCCGUCAGCCAAGAAGCCAUGCCAAAACUGUGUGCUGUUGGCUUGGAUUUAGGACCUAUGCAAGAGGUAACUCUACGGCCUUAUGCUGGCAUGCCCAAAGAGGUCCUCCUUCAAUUUUCAACUCAAGCACGCUAUCGAGUUACCAGAGAGAUACUUUUUUGGUUGAUCAUUGCUGCUUCUCUGGUGCUUUUGGCUGCUACAGUGGCAAUCAUUGUCAUGUCCCCCAAAUGCCUUGGCUGGUGGCAAGCCAGCCCCAUCUACCAGAUCUAUCCUCGGUCAUUUAAGGACACCAACAAGGAUGGAAAUGGUGAUCUCAAAGGUAUCCAAGAAAAACUAGAUUAUGUCCAGUAUCUCAACAUAAAAACAAUUUGGAUCACAUCUUUUUACAAAUCCGCUCUGCAAGACUUUGGAUAUGGAAUAGAGGAUUUCCAAGACAUAGAUCCAAUAUUUGGCACAAUGAAGGAUUUUGAGAUCCUGGUUGCAGCGAUCCAUGACAAAGGUAUAAAAGUGAUAAUGGACCUAAUCCCAAACCACACUAGUGACAAACACAAGUGGUUCCAGCUCAGUCGCAACCGGACUGGAAAGUACACCGAUUAUUACAUCUGGCAUGACUGUGCCCAUGUCAAUGGGAAAACUAUACCACCAAAUAACUGGGUGAGCAUAAGGGGGAAUUCCAGUUGGCAAUAUGACGAUGUGAGAAAACAAUGCUACUUCCAUCAGUUUGGAAAAGAACAGCCAGAUUUAAACUUGCGUAACCCAAAUGUUCAAGAAGAAAUUCAUGAUGUUAUUAGGUUUUGGCUUGGCAAAGGCAUUGAUGGAUUUAGUAUUAACACUGUUAAAUUCCUUCUGGAAGCAACACAUCUGAGAGAUGAGCCUCAAGUGAAUAAAUCCCAAAAUCCGGACAGCAUCACAGCCUAUUCCGAAUUGUACCAUGACUAUACUACGACCCAGGUUGGCAUGCAUGAUAUAAUCCGCAGCUUCCGGCAUACCAUGGAUAAGUUCAGCAGUGAGCCCGGAAGAUACAGGUUUAUGGGCACAGAAGCCGAUGACCAUGACAUCAAGAGGACUAUGAAAUAUUAUGGGACAUCUUUUAUUCAAGAAGCAGACUUUCCUUUUAACCUCCACCUCAUGAACAUGCAAGAAAUCUCGGGAAAUGCUAUUUUUGAAAUGGUAGCUUUGUGGAUGAAGAAUAUGCCACAAGGGAAAUGGCCAAACUGGGCGGUUGGAGGCCUCAACAGUGUACGUAUCUCCUCUCGAGUUGGGAAGGAAUACAAAAAUGUGAUAAAUAUGCUGCUUCUAACCCUUCCUGGAACACCUACAACCUAUUAUGGUGAAGAAAUCGGGAUGGAAGAUAUCACAUCAGAAACAGCAGCCUUUCCUGAAAAGUCACCCAUGCAGUGGGAUGACGGCCAUCAUGCUGGCUUUACUGAGGGCAAUUCAACCUGGCUUCCUAUAAAUCCUGACUAUCCAACUGUGAAUGUGCAUGUUCAGCGGAGUCAAUCAAAUUCUACUCUGAAUUUGUAUCGAGAGCUCAAUUUGCUUCGUACCAACGAACUUCCCAUUCAGAGGGGAUGGAUGUGUUAUAUUUGGAACGACAGUGAUGUCUUUGUGUAUGUGAGAGAACUGGACGGGUUGGACCAAGUGUUUAUGAUGGUCCUGAAUUUUGGACAGGAGACCACAACAGAUCUGCAAGCUUUGGUUCCUGAACUUCCCUCAAAAGUUAUUAUAAAGCUAAGCACCAACUCAAACAACAAUGGUAAAGAUGUAAAUGCAAAAUCAAUCAAAACUGGUAAGGGUGAAGGACUGAUUUUGGAAUACAGGACAAGCAAGGCAGUCCACAAGAUGGAAACUUUCACAGAUAAGUGUUUUGUUGCAGAAAAGGCAUGCUAUUCCAGUGCCUUCAAUCUACUCUACAUGUACUGCUAAGUGCCAGUGUCUGUUUAUUCCACAGUUCAUGAAGAGACAACCAUCCAUGAAUUUUCAGAAGGACUGAUAGUAUGUCAGAAGGCUUCAGUAUGUUUUAUUAUCAUUCUAGUGUAUGCCAACUGAUGACAGAUUUGUUACUCAGCAAUUUCAGUGACAGACCCAGUAACAUAUUCCUGCUCAUUUAAUUGUAGCAGGUCAUAAGCACAGUCAGUCUGCAGCUCCACUUUUCCAAUCCACAGAAAAUAUCUCUCAUCAGAAAUAAUUUCCUGCUUUGAGCAGCAGGAUGGAUUAGAUGACCUCCACAAUCCUUUCCAGCUUUAAAAUUAUGUGAAAUUGUAUGUUUUUGCCAUAGUUCAGAAAAAAUCAUUAAAGAUGAUUUAUUACUCCCCAUUUACUUAAAUCUUCCAAAAUGAUUUACACAUUCAUAAUUUUAACAUCAUAUGGCAAUAAAGUUAUUUCUGAGUAUAUUACUUACUACUUUAAUCAUUCCUUUGCAAUAUAUUACGUAUUACUUUAAUCAUUCCUUGGCAUUUUUAGCAAUUUUAAGUUUCCAUUUUUAAUUUUUUAAAAACAAUUGAACAAACUCAUCAACAAACAUUAGUAAUGUUUCUUCAAUAUUUUAACAGUAAUGGAGACACAGCCUUUAGCAACAUAAAUCUAGUGUAUCGGCACUAACACAAAUAUUUCCAAGCUCUGAUUUCUACCCUUCACAUGUCCUAGACUUCAUCUUCUGUCUCAUGGGGACAAAAAUACAUGCAAAAUUUGGAGUUAAUUUUUAGGAAUGCAUUGAUAGAGGUUAUAACAAACUCAAGUGAUUAAGAUGCUGACUCUGUUGAUUGCAAGAUCGGCAGGUUGGCAGUUCGAGGCUCGAGUGCUGCAUGAUGGGUUGAGCUCCUGUCACUAG